AUGGCAAGCAGCCCUUCUUUGGCUGCUGAGGCAUGGUGGUCCCUCAGCUGCACUAACCCUGACCUUCCCAAGACACAGCCGCUGCCCCCAACCAACACAGAUAACCUUGCAGGCGGACGAGUAGCCAAUACCCCUGCCACGCAGGAAAUGGCACAGCCUGCAAAGACUGCAAGCUUUGUUGUGGCCCCCACGAGGAAAAGGCGAGCCGUCGAGGACGCGGAUCAGCAACAACUCAAGAAUGAAGACUAUACCGUUGGCUGGAUCUGCGCGAUCACGACCGAGUAUGUUGCAGCGCGGCAGUUCCUCGAUGACGAACAUGGGCCGCCUCAGUAUGUCUCAAAGCAUGAUAACAACAACUACACGCUUGGCAGGAUGGGAAGACACAAUGUCGUCAUCGCCGUGCUGCCGAUGGGUCGGUACGGCACAACCUCGGCUAGCACUGUGGCCCGCGAUAUGCUGCACAGCUUUCCCAAUGUGCGUGUCGGCCUCAUGGUCGGUGUCGCUGGAGGGGCCCCUAGUACGAAACACGACAUCAGGCUGGGUGAUGUGAUUGUGUCCCUCCCUCAGAAAGGGCGCGCCGGCGUCUGGCAGUACGACUACGGGAAGGCAGUUCAGGGCCAAGCUUUUCAGCAUACAGGCUUUCUGGCACCACCACCGGAUGUCCUGCUCACUGCUAUUAGCGGACUUCAAGCACGGUACAAAUCUGAUGGCCAUCGGAUCCGGGAAGCCAUUGAAUCAGUCAUCAUGACCAAGCCAAGGCUCAAGAAGGAAUUUUCCCAGCCGCACUCCGACACCGACCGCCUGUACAAACCCGAGCACCUACAUCCGCUGGGAGACCAUGCAGCAUGUGCGGAUGUCUGCAGCAAUGAGCCUUCGGCGAUGAGGGAACGAGAAGCUCGGGCUGAUGGCGAAGACAAUCCGGCAAUCCACUAUGGGUUAGUGGCGUCUGCCAACCAGCUUGUGAACGAUGCUGUCCUGCGUGAGAAGUUUUCGUUGGAAGAGGACGUUCUAUGUUUCGAAAUGGAGUCCGCUGGACUGGCCAACCAUUUCCCCUAUCUCGUCAUCCGAGGGAUUUGUGACUACUCCGACACGCAUAAGAACGACCAGUGGCAAGGUUACGCCGCAAUGACAGCCGCAGCUUACGCAAAAGAUGUUCUUGGGCAAUUGAACCCUAGCAAGGUCGUAGCCGAAGAAAGGCUAGCAGAAGCUCUAGCCAGUGUUGACGAGAAAUUGGACUUCUUUUCUUCUAGUGUUCGCAAUGUCGAAUGCAGCAUCGAAAAGAUCCUGGUCCAGAAGCACCGAGACAACAUCGCCAAGUGGCUCAAACCACCGGAUGUCUCGAGCAACUUCAACAGAGCCAUAUCACUCCGCCAUCCAGGCACCGGCCGCGGUUUGUUACGAGGAAGGGCUUAUCAGAGAUGGAGAACAGUCCCAAAGUCCUUUCUCUGGCUCCACGGUCUUGCCGGCUGCGGCAAAACGAUCCUCGCAUCUUCUGUGAUCGAAGACCUUCAGCAAGAUGGUGAAUCAGAGCCACAACUUCUUUACUUUUACUUCAACUUUUCGCACAUACAGAAGCAAAAUUUCGAGAACGCCAUUCGUUGCUUGAUCUUUCAGUUAUACCACCAAGAAACGCAAACGCAAGCCUGCUUAGACUCCUUGUAUUCUUCCUGCGAUGAUGGAAAAAAGCAGCCCCGCCUCGAUGAGCUCCAAGCAAUCUUCUACUCGAUGUUGUAUGGCUGUUCCCCAGUCCGUAUCGUGCUGGAUGCACUCGAUGAGUGUGUUCCGAGGGAAGAGCUUCUAUCUUGGUUGCAGGCACUCAAUCAAGGAGCAGUCGACGUUCGUGUUCUCUUAACCAGUCGACCAGAACCAGAUAUCCAGUCCGCGAUGCAGCUUAUGACUGGAAAGAACGAGAGGCUUGCUGUUCAGGCCACGCUCGUGAAUGAUGACAUAAGAAGCUAUGUACGAAGCCAGAUCAGGCAUCACGAGGCUUUCGGAAUUUGGCGAGCACAGCCUGACAUCCAGGAGGAGAUUGAACAGUGCCUCGUGCAGAAAGCCGGUGGAAUGUUUCGCUGGGUUUGGUGCCAGAUCGAUGCACUAAAACGUUGUCGAGAUCGGAUCACUCUACGAAAAACACUCGCCUCACUUCCGACGACACUUCACGAGACAUACGCUAGAGUCUUGGAGCAGAUACCUCAAGAGUACGCCGACCAUACAAUGCGCAUCUUGCAAUUCCUCACUUUCUCUGAAAGACCCUUGCGAUUGUGUGAGGCUGUUGACGCCAUUGCCGUGAAGACAGGCUUGAUCUGCGGGGCGGAACGACGAUUUCAUCCCGAAGACCGCAUGCCUGUUCCGACCGAGAUUCUCGGGUACUGUGGAGGGCUUGUUGUACUAGUAUCCAGGACGAAUGAGAGUCUUUGGGAGGAUGAAUCAGACGAUGGUGAAGUAGAACAUUGCGAAGCCAUGGACGAAGAGUCCGCGGUAGAUGGUUCGACGGACGACAAUACGGCGGACAGCCACUCAGAAAGUAAUGGCGCGUCAACAAUCAAGGAGAUCCAGCUAGCGCACUUUUCGGUCAAGGAAUACCUCCUGAAAGCGGCACCAAAAGAAUACCCGCAUGCAUUCUCAGAGGCAUCUGCUCGACCCCUCAUAGCCGAAGUUUGUCUAGUAUAUCUACUCGAAGUAGAUAACGACAUCCCGAUCAACAAGGUCGUGAAGCUUUUUCCCUUGUCAGAGUAUGCAGCCAGGUAUUGGCCAUCUCAUGCAGGGCUGGCUGGCUCUGGUGGUCACCGACUCACUGAACUAGCAUGCGAGCUUUUCUCUAAUCCCGCCAAGUUGCAGACAAGCUGCUCACUUUACGAGCCGGGGUUUUCGCCCCCUAUCCUGAAGACAGGAACAGGCCUCUAUUAUGCCUCUCUUUAUGGUCUGCUGGGAUGUGUCGACAAGCUUCUUCGGGACGGAGCUUGCCUUGAUGCCGAAGGAGGAGAGCACCGCAAUCCACUGCAGGCGGCUUCGUACGGUGGGCACAAGGAGGUAGUCAAGAGGCUGCUGCAGCAAGGAGCAGCGAUCCGGGCUCCGGGUGCACAAUGGGGAAACGCAUUCAAAGCAGCGGCAUCUCAAGGCCACAUGGAUGUUGUCAGUCUUCUGCUGGACCACUUUCGGGGUAAUCAUGCCCUGCUCAUCCGCUAUCGCGGCGACGCUCUUGUGGCUGCUUGUGAAAACAGCCACGAGGGGCUCGCGCAAAUGUUGUUGGCCGAGGACGGAUUGGACAAUGCUCAAGUCAAAGCAUACUACAACAAAGCUUUGGGCGGGGCAUCAUUUGAGGGAAAUGCGUCAGUCGUGCGCAUGCUCCUUUCCGCAGGUGCCGACGUAUGUUCAGAGUAUGGCAGGUACGGUGAUGCUCUGCAAGGCGCGUCCUACAUGGGCCACGAGGACAUCGUUGAGAUGCUGCUUGAACACGGUGCGCACAUCAACACCGACCGUGGAAGACAUGGCAACGCAUUCAUAGCCGCAUGCCUUGGAGGCCACGUCGAUGGGCUGAUAUUGCCAAGCAGACGCCCGGAUCCAAAGCUCUGGAACUUUGGCAGCAAUCUACCGUCUGAUCUUUUGGAAGUAUAUCGAAGGAUUUUGAACAAGCUAUUGGCUCGGGGCGCAGAUGUAAACGCGAAGGCCGGGUUUUACGGCUACGCGCUCCAAGCUGCCGCAUUUGGUGGAUCUAAGGACAUUGUCAUUUUCCUGCUGCAGCAGGGAGCAGACGUAUGCGCCCACGGCGGGUGGUACGGUACUGCACUAGCUGCUGCGGCUCAUGGAGGACACAACCACAUUAUUGAGGUACUCCUCGCCUCCGGGGCCGACGUGAACGCACCCGGCGGCUAUCACGGGUCAGCGCUCCAAGCAGCCUCGCACGGGGGCUCGCCGUCUACAGUACAGUAUCUACUCGAUCAGGGUGCCGACCUCCACGCCCUCGGUGGGCAGUUUGGCAAUUCCUUGAUAGCUGCAUCUUUCCGCGGCCAUGAUGCCAUUGUCGAGAUGCUCAUCGCCCGUGGAGCUGACGUCAAUGCGUCCGGUGGCGACGAGCAUGGCCCGGCGCUCCAAACCGCCUCACACCGAGGUCAACUGACAACAGUGCGAUGCCUACUUGAACAUGGUGCCGAUAUUCACGCUUACGGUGGACAAUUUGGCACUGCUUUGGCGGCCGCCUCAUUUCUCGGCCGGGAGGAAAUUGUAGAGGUGCUACUCAGCCACGGAGCCGACGAGGACGUGGAGGAAGGUGAAUUUGGAGAUGCGCUUGGAAACGCCUCCUCCGGUGGCCAUUUGGGGACUGUCCGGCUGUUGCUCGGUCGCGCAACGCGUAUGCACGCCCAACCAGAGGACUACAAACUUGCUUUGGAGGCUGCUUCGUCUGGCGGGCAUGCGGAUAUUGUCCAGAUACUGCUCACAAGGGUCGGAACCGGAGAAGCCUAGUCGAACGAUCACAAUAGGUCGCAUUACUCUAGUUUGGACAAUAUUCGAGGAAUGCCAUUACCGAAGUGCAAAC